GCUCCAUCAAUCCACUAGCUCCAUCGAUCCACUAGCUCCAUCGAUCCACUAGCUCCAUCGAUCCACUAGCGCUAGUGUAGUUUAUGCGCUAGUUGGACCUAUUUAAGAAAUCUUCUCCUCCACUUUCUCAUUAUCCAUCCAUCUUCCUUACAAACUUUUUCCAGAGAACUAAAGAAAUUCGCGUUAUCCUCGUACCAUAAUAUAGGCUCGAAAUAUCUUCGAUUUACACUCCCCUUACCAGUCGACGAAUUACACUGUCUAUCAUCAAAAUGACAUUCCCUGACUUGUACAUCCCGCUCGCUGGCACCAGCAGUACUAAGGUAUUCCCUUAUCGCCCUAGAGACCCAAAGGAUAUUCCUGGCUUGUGGAAAAUUCAUCCCAACAUGGAUGAGGGAUUGAAGACGGCAAUCACUACUGUCCGUGAGUUCCGUGAAUACGUUCGAGGAUUGAAGAUCCAUGAAGUCCCUCAGCGUAUUGGAACCAUGGCUCUCAAGAAUGGUAUGGAUUACGAUAUGGUCUUUGAUGAGUGCGCAAAGUCUUGGUUGGGCGGCAAAAAAUCCCCAGCGGACAUGGAUUUUUACAGACGAAAGCUGGAUAGGCAAUUGCAAAUUCAACAACUGAUCUCCGGAGCCAUUUGGAAUGUAUCAGAAGAACAUGAGUUGAAGUGCAGGGAAAUAUUGAAAGCCAAGCCCGAUGAAGCCAGUUGGUGCCCCAAGGAGUUCGAACUUUACAAGAGCGAGUUAAAGUAUUUGAAAGAGACUCCUUACAAUACCCUGCUUAUCAAAGAGCAGGCGAAGAAUUGGGCUAAAUUUCCACGUAAUCUGGAGGAAAUCCAGUGGGGCGUUUCCGAGGAGCUACAUCGGUAUACCUUGACUCCUGCCGAAGAGUUGGCACUUUCUCGCCUACCCUUACACCCAGGUGUCCUUGAAGGUACUAUCUUGGAUAAUAUGCGCGCCGAAUUUGAACUAGAAUUCGGACACAGUGUUUUUGAAGACAAGCCAGAAGAUGCUGAUGCCAAAGUUGGAGAUGGUGAUGGAGUCGGUAAGGCACCAAGCCCUUACCAAUUGACUGUAAGCUCCCGAAGCUUUAUUCUACCAAGCAAAGACUUCGACUAUGGUGUAGCCGGCCCAUUUGUUGAUGCUAUCCUUCAACAAGAUUCCACUUCUUGAGAUCUGGUAUGUUAAAUAAACUAAUUUAUGCUCUUUGGAAUCAAAAUGACUAAUAUUUCAUGGGUAGAUACAUAUCUGGAGCUUUGCACUCUAGUAAGUUAUCGGUUCUAGUUUGGGGAAUGGUGGUAACAAUUCUUUUGAUUUCAAGCGAGAUUUUCAACAAUGUUAAUGGGUUUGAUUUUACAAAUUUGAUGGGUAUGGGGAUUGCAUGGCUUUUUAUGAUCAUGACGGCAAUGAGUUUCUAAUUGCAAUAUUCAUGGAGGAGAUUAAGGGGUCUUAAUGGAGGAAUUUUAUUAUAUCACGAGGUCAAUGAGUUUACAUUCACAAUAUUCAUAGUUUAUCGUGGAGGGAUUUUAUCAAGGGGACAGACAGAUGACUGAGGAGAAGCUCACACAUAUCACACAAAAUCAAUAGCGAAGCA